AUGCACGGCGGGCAGGGCGUUCCCAUUGUGAAGAACGACGAGCCGGGCUGCAUGGAGGAAGGCCAAUUCUAUGCCAUUGAAACCUUCGCGAGUACAGGACGGGGCUACUGUAUAGAGGAGGGCGAAUGUAGUCAUUACAUGCGCACUUUCGAUUUGGACUCCCAUGUUGCAUCGCAGCAACUCCGACUGAAGGGAGCUAGAGGCCUCCUCCACACGAUUAAUAAGUACUUCAGUACACUUCCUUGGUGCCGACGUUGGCUCGAUGAUUGCGGUGCUACGAGGCACCUUUUAUCGUUGAAAUCACUGGUUGAUAACGACGUCGUUGUACCCUAUCCUCCGCUUGUCGAUGUUAAGGGAAGCUACUCCAGUCAAUCUGAGCAUAGUAUAAUCCUGAGGAGCACAUGCAAGGAGGUAGUGACUAGAGGCGAUGAUUAUUAA